CGAACAGAGGGAAUGUAUUAAAAAGUGGAAAUUACAAUAAAUAGUAGUGAAAUAAACUAAGUAGUAGUAUUUGAAAUGAAUCCAAAUAAAAGGAAGAAAAUAAUAGUGAAAAUGAUUGGACGUAGAGAAAAAAAGAAACAGGUCGUGAGUUGAGAAACAGAUGCCGUUGAGAGCAGAAAGUAGGAGAAUGUAUAACACACACACUUCACACUUCCCACGUAUCUAAUCAACAAUGUCGCCAACAAAUCCUUGUUGCCACGUAACCCGCGGGUCCAUCCACCGCCCCCCUUUCUAUAUAUUUGGCCCCCUCGGCCUCCGCCCCUCUCCUCUCCUCUCUCCUCCAUUAUUUCCCCAAUUCCACCAACCUAAUUUCCAUCGCACGUCAUGGCGCCGACGGCGGCGGGGUGCCGGGGAGCCCAAGACACCAACGCGCACUUUCGCGGCGUCAGGAAGCGCCCCUGGGGCCGCUACGCCGCCGAGAUCAGGGAUCCCGCCAAGAAGAGCCGCGUCUGGCUCGGUACGUUCGACACGGCGGAGGAGGCCGCCCGCGCCUACGACACCGCCGCCCGCCAAUUCCGCGGCCAUAAAGCCAAGACCAACUUUCCUCCGCUCCAAUCCCACACCAAGAAGCCCGACCGCAGCCCUAGCCAGAGCAGCACCGUCGAGUCAUCCAGCCGGGAGACAUUCCCGAUUCCCGAUUCCAAACUCCUUCAACUCACCCUAGGCCGUCGCCCCAUGAGAUUUCCCUUCGGAUACCUCCGCCCGGCCGCUCCCGUUUCCGCCGCCGGAUUCCUGCCGCUACAGAACACGAUGCUCCAUCUUCGCCCCGAGUCGCGGCAAGAAAUCAUACAAGUAAUGAACGAAAUGCGGCGGCCGCCCGCGGAUUUCCUCCUCUGCGCCGGCGGCGGUACGGCGCAGAGCGAGUCGGACUCGUCGUCCGCCGUCGUGGACCUGCCGAAAUCGCCACCCGGCAGAGGCAUCAAUCUGGAUUUGAACCUCCCUCCUCCAGAAACUAUUUAGGUGCAGGAAUUUUGUUAUUCCUUUUUUUGUGGUAAUAGAAAAAAAAAAAAAUUGUAGAUGGUUAAAAUUGUAGAUGAGAUCGAAGAGCGUCAGAUGUGAAUAGUUAAAUCUGAUGUCCCAUUUUGUUCAAAUGUCGCCGGGAUUUGGGGUUGUUGUUUUCUUAACUCAACACUUGUUUUUGAAAUGUAAUGUUAUUUUCUGCCGUCA